CAACGGGUAGAGAAGCAGGCGGUGGCUAGCGACAACGCCAUCAUCCGGCAGAUUCCCUACGUGAAUCUUGGUGGUAUCUGAUUCUAUCUUGCGAAGCUGGAAGUUGCUAUUGUACAUAUCUUGUCCUCAUUCACUGUGCCCUACCCACGAGAUUUGCCCACUGAAGAAGUAAUACCACAAUGUCGUCUACCGCUUUCUCUCGCUCUGUUCUAUCUCUCGCCACUCGCACGUCUGGCGCUCGCCAGCUUUCGUCACUGACUGCCCCGGCGGUGGGAUCGGCAUCUCAGAUGUUGCGUGGAAACCGUCCGUCGGUCCCUGCUGUACCGGACUUGCAGGCAAAGCGCGGAGCCAAGAAGGUCACUGGCGGCAAAGUAAUGCGACCCGAGACAUUCGGCGUUUCUAGUCGUUGGUUUGUUCCACCAAAAGUGCGUCAGACUGCAGAAUACGUCGAGGUGCCAUAUUAUGAAGGUGAAGACGCUAGUCUUGAAACCUUCACAAUUAACUUUGGACCCCAGCACCCGGCUGCACACGGUGUACUUCGUCUGAUCUUGGAAUUGAAGGGUGAAAUUAUCGUUCGCGCCGAUCCCCAUAUUGGUUUGUUGCACCGUGGUACUGAAAAACUCAUCGAAUACAAGACGUACCUUCAAUCGUUACCGUACUUUGAUCGAUUGGAUUAUGUAUCCAUGAUGACGAACGAGCAAGCAUACUCUCUUGCAGUGGAGAAACUUCUCAACAUUGACAUUCCUCCUCGUGCAAAGUACAUUCGUACCAUGUUUGCCGAGAUUACACGCAUCUUGAACCAUAUUAUGGCCGUUACUACCCACGCCUUGGAUGUCGGUGCUUUGACACCCUUCUUGUGGAUGUUUGAGGAGCGUGAAAAAUUGAUGGAGUUUUACGAACGGGUGUCAGGAGCGCGUAUGCACGCUGCGUACGUGCGCCCUGGAGGUGUGGCGCUCGACAUGCCCGUGGGUUUAAUGGAAGAUAUCUUUAAGUGGGCUGAGCAGUUUAAUGCUCGUAUCGAUGAGACUGAGGAAGCACUCUCAAAUAACCGUGUCUGGAAAAAUCGGUUGAUUGACGUUGGCAAAGUUACUGCCAAGGAGGCUAUUGAUUAUUCUUUCUCUGGAGUCAUGCUACGUGGUUCUGGUGUUGCCUGGGAUUUGCGUAAAGAACAGCCAUAUGAUGCUUACGAGGAUAUGGAGUUUGAUAUCCCGGUGGGAACCAACGGAGAUUGCUACGACCGCUACUUGUGCCGUGUGGAAGAAAUGAGGCAGAGUUUGCGCAUCAUUGCGCAAUGCCUGAACAAGAUGCCUCCAGGACCCGUUAAAGUAGAGGAUGCAAAGAUCGCCCCUCCACCGCGCGCCACCAUGAAGGAAAGUAUGGAGGCUUUGAUUCACCACUUCAAGCUGUACUCAGAGGGAUACUCAGUACCUCCUGGAGAAACUUACACUGUUAUUGAGGCACCUAAAGGCGAGUUUGGUGUAUACCUUGUAUCUGACGGUUCUAGUCGUCCAUACCGGUGCAAGAUACGUGCACCCGGUUUCCCCCAUCUGGCUGGAGUAGAUUUCAUUGGACGAGGGCACUACCUUGCGGACGCCGUCACUAUCAUUGGAACUUUGGAUGUCGUGUUCGGUGAGAUCGAUCGGUAAAACAAGUAGUUUGGAGCUGCAAUGUGGUCCCAAAAUCACAGACUGCAAUAUGCUGGGGUGGGAUGGUGCUAGGAUAUCACGGAUGGGAGGUAGAGGGGGUGUAUUGUUAAUGACAUGAAUAUGAGAUACAAGACGUUGCAUGAGUGUUUUAUAAUGAAGAAAGACCUCCUUAGUUUAUAUAUGA